AUGGGGAACUGCAUGAAGUCCACGGCCCGGGUGGAUCACAGCAUGAACACUAGUGCCGCCUGUUUGAAAUUUCAGAUAGCAGAGAGCUACUUCAGUUCACAUGUUCAGUAUCAUUGUGAACCUGAAGAUGUUGUUGUUGCCAAUUUGUUCUUACACACAUUUCCUUUGUUUCUUGGUGGGACAUCAGAUCCAUCGAAAGUGACCAGCAAAACAAGCAUGUCAUCUGCUACUUCUGCGAGCAAGACCAACUCAACUCGUUCAACGUUUACUCUGCCAUCUAUAAGAGAUCGCAGCGAGCCGCCUCGGACAGAAGGCGAAAUCUUGUCAUCGUCGAACUUGAAGGCCUUCUUGUUCAAUGAUCUUAAAAAUGCGACCAAGAACUUCCGCCCGGACAGUCUUCUUGGGGAAGGAGGGUUUGGGCAUGUUUUCAAAGGUUGGAUUGAUGAACACACUCUUGCUCCUUCGAAACCGGGAAGCGGUAUGGUUGUUGCUGUCAAGAAGCUUAAACCAGAAGGUUUCCAAGGGCACAAGGAAUGGCUGACGGAGGUUAACUACCUUGGCCAACUUCACCAUGCCAAUCUUGUUAAGCUCAUUGGUUAUUGCUCAGAUGGUGACAACAGACUUCUGGUGUAUGAGUUCAUGCCCAAGGGAAGUUUGGAGAAUCAUCUGUUCAGAAGAGGUGCUGAUCCUUUAUCAUGGGGAAUAAGGCUUAAGGUUGCUAUCGGGGCUGCUAAGGGUUUGUCAUUUUUACAUCAUGCUGAAAACCAAGUUAUAUACCGUGAUUUCAAGGCAUCAAACAUUCUUCUUGACUCGGAAUUCAACGCGAAGCUUUCAGAUUUUGGAUUGGCGAAAGCUGGUCCAACUGGGGAUAAAACUCAUGUUUCCACGCAAGUGAUGGGCACUCAUGGAUAUGCAGCUCCAGAGUAUAUCGCUACAGGUCGCCUCUCUGCUAAGGCAGACGUCUAUAGCUUUGGGGUGGUGUUGCUUGAGCUGCUGACCGGGAGACGAGCCCUGGACAAGUCAAAGCCAGGCAUAGAGCAGAACCUAGUGGACUGGGCCAAACCGCACCUGCCCGACAAGCGCAGGCUGUACCGUGUCAUGGACACGAAGCUGGGAGGCCAGUAUCCUAAGAAAGGCGCACACGCCGUCGCGAACCUCGCCUUGCAAUGCAUCUGCAACGACGCCAAGAUGCGUCCGCAGAUCUCAGAGGUCUUAGAAGAGCUGGAGCAGCUCCAAGACUCCAAAAGCAAUUUAGUGUCGCCGCAGGUUGACAUCCGGAGAACCUCCAACACCGUCCCGAAGUCGCCAAUGAGGGGCCAACCCUCGCCACGGCGCUCUCUUGGAGCGAUGGCGCCGCCGUCACCGGCUUUUAGGACCGCGCAAGUGCACUAG